GUUCUUCCAGGCCCGGCUGGCGGAGAUACCCGAGGCCGCCAUAUUGAAUAAGCAAUCCGGCCUCUGAAGGGGUCGGUGUAUUGCAGACAGUUCUGCAGGGUAGCCUCCGCGGCUCCAGGGAGAAGCAGUAUGUUAAGGAUACCUGUAAAAAAGGCCUUAGUAGGCCUUUCCAAGUCUUCUAAAGGAUGCGUUCGAACAACUGCCACAGCAGCAAGCAACUUGAUUGAAGUAUUUGUUGAUGGUCAGUCUGUCAUGGUGGAACCAGGAACUACCGUCCUUCAAGCUUGUGAGAAGGUUGGCAUGCAGAUUCCUCGAUUCUGUUAUCACGAAAGGUUGUCUGUUGCUGGAAACUGCAGGAUGUGCCUUGUUGAAAUUGAGAAAGCUCCUAAGGUUGUAGCUGCUUGUGCCAUGCCAGUAAUGAAAGGUUGGAAUAUCCUGACAAACUCUGAGAAAACUAAGAAAGCCAGAGAAGGUGUGAUGGAGUUCUUAUUAGCAAAUCACCCACUGGACUGUCCUAUUUGUGACCAGGGAGGUGAAUGUGAUCUGCAGGACCAGUCCAUGAUGUUUGGAAGUGAUAGGAGCCGGUUUUUAGAGGGGAAACGUGCUGUAGAGGACAAGAACAUUGGGCCAUUGGUAAAAACCAUUAUGACUAGAUGUAUACAGUGUACUCGCUGCAUCAGGUUUGCAAGUGAGAUUGCAGGAGUGGAUGAUUUGGGAACUACAGGCAGAGGAAACGAUAUGCAAGUUGGCACAUACAUUGAAAAGAUGUUCAUGUCUGAACUUUCUGGCAAUAUCAUUGACAUCUGCCCUGUAGGUGCCCUGACCUCUAAGCCCUAUGCCUUUACCGCUCGGCCUUGGGAAACAAGAAAGACAGAAUCCAUUGAUGUAAUGGAUGCAGUUGGAAGUAAUAUUGUGGUCAGCACAAGAACUGGAGAGGUAAUGAGGAUUUUGCCAAGGAUGCAUGAGGACAUCAAUGAAGAGUGGAUCUCUGAUAAAACCAGAUUUGCCUAUGAUGGGCUAAAACGUCAAAGACUUACCGAACCGAUGGUCAGAAAUGAAAAGGGACUUUUAACACAUACCACCUGGGAGGAUGCACUCUCUCGUGUAGCUGGAAUGUUGCAGAGUUGUCAAGGCAACGAUGUGGCAGCAGUUGCAGGUGGCUUGGUGGAUGCUGAAGCCCUCAUAGCUCUCAAGGAUUUACUUAAUAGAGUGGAUUCUGACACCCUGUGCACUGAAGAGGUCUUCCCCACUGCAGGAGCUGGCACAGAUCUACGUUCCAGUUAUCUUCUUAAUACUACAAUCGCUGGUGUCGAGGAGGCAGAUGUUGUCCUUCUGGUUGGUACAAAUCCACGUUUUGAGGCACCACUAUUUAAUGCUAGAAUUCGAAAGAGCUGGCUUCAUAAUGACUUAAAAGUGGCCCUUAUAGGCAGCCCAGUGGAUCUCACUUACAGAUAUGACCAUCUGGGAGAUUCUCCCAAAAUUCUUCAAGACAUUGCUUCGGGUAGCCAUCCAUUCAGCCAGGUCCUACAGGAAGCUAAAAAACCAAUGGUGGUUUUAGGCAGUUCUGCACUCCAGAGAAAUGAUGGUGCAGCAAUUCUUGCAGCUGUUUCCAAUAUUGCUCAAAAGAUUCGGACAAGUAGUGGUGUUACUGGUGAUUGGAAAGUUAUGAAUAUCCUUCAUAGGAUUGCAAGCCAAGUAGCUGCUUUGGAUCUUGGGUAUAAGCCUGGGGUGGAAGCAAUUCGGAAGAAUCCUCCUAAAAUGCUGUUUCUCCUGGGAGCAGAUGGAGGUUGUGUCACUCGACAGGAUUUGCCAAAGGAUUGUUUCAUUGUUUAUCAAGGACAUCAUGGCGACGUGGGAGCUCCUAUAGCUGAUGUUAUUCUCCCUGGCGCUGCUUACACAGAGAAGUCUGCUACUUAUGUCAAUACCGAGGGCCGAGCUCAGCAGACAAAAGUAGCAGUGACGCCUCCCGGCUUGGCAAGAGAAGACUGGAAAAUUAUAAGAGCCCUUUCUGAGAUUGCAGGUAUGACUCUUCCAUAUGAUACUCUGGAUCAAGUGAGAAACAGACUGGAAGAAGUCUCUCCUAAUCUUGUUCGAUAUGAUGAUGUUGAAGGAGCUAAUUAUUUCCAGCAAGCAAGUGAGCUUUCCAAGCUAGUGAACCAGCAGCUUCUUGCUGAUCCACUUGUUCCACCUCAGCUAACAAUAAAAGACUUCUACAUGACAGAUUCAAUUAGCAGAGCCUCACAGACAAUGGCUAAAUGUGUCAAAGCUGUUACAGAGGGUGCCCAUGCAGUAGAGGAACCAUCCAUAUGCUGAAACAUCUAAGGCCCAGCUAGUUAAUGGACAGUUAUGUUGGCACGAUCUCUUGAAGGUGUAUCUCUUUAAAAAAUAAUCUUGAUGUAAUAUUUAAGGUUGUACCAUGCUUUAUUUGAAAAUUAUAUUGCAAUUAUCAGAGAACUUUGAGGUUUCAAAACAACUAAUGUGUUGAAUGUAAAUGUUAAAUAGUUUAAUAAACAUUAUAUAGAGGACUUUUCAUGUAAAAGCACUGAUAAUCUUUGUGACAUAAAAAAGAAGGUCCUUAAAAUAUGAAUUUUUUUAUCUUCAUUGAUCACUUAUGCUUGUAAAGUGGAUAAAAUAAGAAUAGCUUCCAUUGCUCCUGUUCUAGUGCUAAAGAAAAGAUUUAAGUAUUCUGUCAAUUGGGUAAAUAGAAAAAAUACAUAUAAUCAUAUAUCAGGUAUGUAUCUUGAACAACUCUAAUAAUGAUAGCUUAAUGAUUGAUUAUUCAGGAUUUUCUAUAUACUAAGCACUCUGGUUUUACCUGCAUCAUCUUGUUUUGUCCUUGUUACAUCCGUGUGAGACAGUAUUAUCUCAUAUUACAGGUGAAGAAACUGAAGCCCAGAGAUACUGGAUAGUUUGCCUGAGUCCACAGCAAAAAAAGUCAUAGAAUCAAACCUGGUUCUCUGACUUCAAAUUCAAAGCCCAUUGUCCUUAAGUGUUGGACAUAAUUUCCUCUCAUUAAUACAAAUUCCUUAGGUUGUUACCUCUAAGAAUUAGUAUUGAGAAGCUUAAUGGAUAACACAUUUUUCUGUUUUUUCUUACAUCUGUUUAUACAAUAUAAUGUCAUGGUGAUUUAUGUGAUUUUUUUCUUUGUAUAAUAGAUUGCACACACAUCCCUUGGAAUGAGUGAGGUUUCAAGAAAUAUAAUUUAGGUUCUCAUUGAUGUUCCAUAUUUAUUAUAUUAACACCAUCUGUAGUAUUUAAGUCAACUAAAUUACUCCAGUAAUAAAAGACAAAACUAACAGCUUUCAUAAUUUUCAAUUGUCCAAAAAAAAGUAAAAAACUUACAAUUAAUCUAGGAGAUGAUCUAAUGCUGUAUUAACUUUUUUUGAAAUCUUAUGUUCAGAAUCAUUUGUUUUAUAAUCUUAAUCCUUUUUGCUUUCACCAGAGAUUUA